AUCGCUGUUGCUGGUAUACUCGCUAAUGUCAUCAACAUCAUGGUCUUCACCAAACAAGGGUUCAAGGACAACGUCAACCUCAGCCUCUUUUGUUUGGCCAUCGCAGACUUCUGCUCACUUCUCACAUUGAUAGUCACGUGCGUGCUGUCCCAUCCCAGAUUUCUUGGCACGGGGAACAAUUUUGUUGGGAUCGAGGUCCAAUUUUUGGUAGCUUGUUGGCCACACGUGUGCUUCACCAAAAUGACCGGCUGGAUCACCGCAUUCAUCAUGUUCGAGAGAUGCAUGUGUGUCGCUUUACCUCUGACAGUUAAAACGGUCUUGACAAAAGCCCGCGUCCAAUUUUGCCUAGUCACCAUUUACGUGUGCGUGAUCGCUGGAGUUAUCCCCACUUACGCCACCCACAGCCUCGGUUGGAAGUUUUACCCAGGAUUUAACAGAACUCUUCUUGGAUUACAAUUUGAUGACUGGGCCAUAGAAGUUACAUACGUGUCCAACCUGCUCAACAUCCCGGUGUCUUCCAUCAGCUCAUUUAGCUUAACUUUCGUGUGCACCGUUGUCAUCAGUUUUCUGCUCGUUAAGAAAAGAAAAUGGCGUAAAGCCAACGGUUGUCUCCCCAACAAAGCAAGUCAUCAAAUGUCUGGAAAUGAUCACCGCGCAGUUAAGAUGGUCACGGUUGUGUCGGUCAUCUUUCUUGUCAGUGUCACCCCAUCCAUCGCCAUCAUCAUUGGCACCGUGCUAUUUAUAGAGUUCAGUCUCACCGGGAAAUACCGGAGACUUUUUUACAUGUGUUACUGUGUCAGCUUCGUACUGGAGGCGAUCAACUCUAGUGUCAACAUUCUGGUCUACUACAAUAUGAACGUUCGCUUC